GGGCGGGUACCUGAAUUUGACAGGUACCCGCUCCCACUUCCGCUGCAAUCGCCUAGGUGAUCGGAGGUUGUCCUCCCCCCCUCCCUCCCCGUAGUCUUCUGGGACACAUGACAGGUCCCAGAAGACUACGGGACAUAUGACAGGUCCCAGAAGACUACGGGGCCAUUCACAAAGCGCAGAGCUUCUCACGCAUGCAUAAGUGGGCACCCAGCUGUGACAGCUUGUGGCUUCACAGCCGGGUGCCCACUGUGCGAGAAGCGCUACACUUCCUGAAUGGCCCCGUAGUCUUCUCCGACCUGUCACGUGUCCCAGAAGAUUACAGGCAGGGGGGAGGACAACUUCUGCUUCUGAUCGCCUAGGCAAUCACAGUGGGAGCGGGUA